AUGGCCGACCCGUUAUCCAUCGCCAGUGGCGUCGCUGGCCUUGUAUCUCUUGGCCUAACUCUCUGUGGCGGCCUGCACAAUUAUCUCAGUAGCGUUAAAAGCCGACACCAAGACAUCGAGUCAGCCAGCCGAAGUCUUACCCUUUUGCAGUCAAAUCUCUUCACCAUCCAGUCGAGCACACUAAAGCUUGGCCAUCGCCACGCCUUGUCCGCGAACGGAUUCAAUCAAGCACUUGCCAAUUGCGAGUUCGAACUCGUUGCCUUGCAGCAAUUGAUGCUGAACCUUACGAGAGAUGAGGGCUUGACCGACAUGAAAGGGAAGAUGAGGAAGCAAAUGAUGAUAGCGAGGUAUCCAUUUGAUCAGAAGAAGUUGGUUCAACUUCAAGAUCAGCUUUCCAAGGCCAAUGCGAUUCUCAGCAGUUUCGUGCAAAACUUUAAUCUUGACGUCAAUAUCGGCAUCAGUGAAGACUUGCGAGUUUUGAAGAACUACACCAAUGCUAACGAUAGCAUCACGCAUAACAUGCUACGCACCAUCGCCAUGCAACUAGACAACAUUACUCCUACUGUACAACGCACUCAAAUAGAAGUGGCAACGACAACUCGUCAUAUCAAAGAGCAGCGCCUGAGUGCUGGGAGUCAUGUUUCUGGUGUUUCCGUGCAGCCGCGAUAUGUGCAAAAUUCCCAGAGGGAAGCCAGCCUUAUAAAUGAACUGAAUGAGCCGAAAUGUACCUGCUCCGACCCUCGUCCGACCCAUAUCCAUCGAAAGUCAUCCUACGUCAAUAGAUCAUGGGGGAAAUGGGUAAUCUCGAAAGAGGAGCACAAACAGCAGUGCCAUCGCCCUGGUUGCAUGUCCUUGAGCCAAUCGCUGCAGACUUCAAAAACUACGUGGAGCUAUCUUGGUUUUCGAUAUUGGCUUUCUCGAAGCUUGUCCUUGUCACUCACUCGAGACUACCCAGCUGGGGCAUAUAGCCUUUCCUUCGGGAUCCAAGCAUGCAAUAUUGUCAAAUCAAGCCCGGCCUUUGACGCCAUUGCUGAACUCAAAUGUGCGUACGCGGGUGUGAGCACGAAUUGGGCUAGUUUUAUCAUGGGGGACCGUCCGACCGUCUGGCUACGAGAAAAUAUUUCCGAUUUACUCAAGAGCUUGAGAACAAUCUACACCUCAAGGUCUGCGUCACCAUUUGACGUAGAUGAGAAUGGGAGAAAUAUCGCCCAUAAAUUUAUGAAGUUGCAUCGAGAAAGCCUAAUACCUUACGUUGUACCCUGCAGAAUAUGUUUUGAGGACCUAUUUGAAGUGAUCCGCUCGGUCCUUUUAUACAUGUUUGACCUUGGGGUCCCAAUCACUGCUUCUAGUUUCUACCAAGAAACAAUUAUGGAAAACUUUUGGAGAGACAGCUCCUUAGGAUGGCUGCCUCAAUGGUACCACUUCAUAACAACACUUGAUACGUCCUUCGACUUCUGUAUCGAGGGCAAGAGAGACAGCAAUGUUAAUUACUCUCAUUACCUCAAUUUCAGUCAGGAGAAUCUUCAAGUCUGGGCCAAAUACCCCGAAAUCGCUAAAGCAUUUGGAUUUAAUAACAUCUUCCGGGCAGUUAUGCAGCGAGAUAGGCAAAAGCUUGAGAUUAUGACCAUGGGCGACCAGCAAACCUCAGGCAUUCUGGAGACAGAUAUGUACGGACGGAACAUAUUGCACGCUAGCAUCACAUGGCCUACAGGGCUUGAUCUGCUCCUGCAACAAAGUCAGGUUCUAUCUCUUAUGCACAACAGCGAAUCAAAUUCUGCUUGUCCCCUAGAGUUUGCAAUCUGGUCUAGUGGGACGCUAUGUACACAAGCAGAUAUCUGGGCGCUCUGCUCGGAUUGUGAUUGUGCUGUUCCUGUCCAACAACUACUAGAGGCCGACUGUUGCGUCCUAGACGACUAUUUUGACCCGAUUUUCAGAGGCUCCUGUUCCUUUCGAUGCCUAAAACUAUUGUUCAAGCAUUUAAAAGAUCGGCGGCGGCGACUGAGAGAUCUUUCCCUCGCAAUAUUACCCUCUAAAGUCAUAGAGCGGUACGGAGUCGCCGUUGAUUCCAUCCCCGAUGCUACUGCGGUCUUUCUGUGGGAGGAACUACAGUCACGAUCUGAUGAUUGGGGUAAGCAGGGAUAUCGGAUCAGUGCUGGCCUCAAGCCCUCGAGUCCAAAAUGUCGCUUCAAUGGCAUAUUUGAACGCUUGCUCUCUCCAGAAAUCUGUUCAUUGCUCACUGAGUUCGAGAUUACACCUUCCGACUAG